AGUAGUUUUCAAGAUGGCGGUGUCCAUGUGUAGAAAUGUGUUCGGUCCAAAACUGAAAAACUUCAUUAAAAUUUAUAGCUUAAACAGUUACGUUAAUGUUAAAUAUGCGAGAUACCUCCAGAGGCAAAGGUAUCUUACUGCCAGGCAUUUUACCACCUACAAAUCGUGUUGGAGCCAACAAGAACCAGCGACAUCCACCGAUUACCAUUCUAUAAUUAAAGAUACAGAGAAGGCUCAAGGCGAAUCUGAUCGACGAGAAUUUCAAGCCGAAACGAGAAUGUUGCUAGACAUAGUGGCCAAGUCUUUGUAUUCAGAAAAGGAGGUUUUCAUCAGAGAAUUAAUAUCGAAUGCUAGCGAUGCUUUGGAAAAACUUCGUUACAAUCAACUUUCGUCAUCUGCCCAAGACCACGAAUUUAAAGAAUCCAACUUAGAAAUUCAUAUAGCAACUGAUAAGCUGGCCCGUACUUUUACUAUUCAGGAUACCGGCGUAGGGAUGACCAAAGAAGAGAUGAUCGAUAGUUUGGGUACCAUCGCCCGUUCCGGAUCGAAGGAAUUUCUUCAACAAUUGAAAAAUACGGGAACGUCCGAAAAUAUUGGCAGUAUCAUUGGCCAAUUUGGAGUUGGUUUCUAUUCUACAUUUAUGGUAGCCGACAAAGUAGAAGUGUAUUCUAGAUCAUAUAAAGAAGAUGCUAAAUCAUACAAAUGGACAAGUGAUGGUUCUGGUACGUACGAGAUAUGUGAAGCGGACGGUGUUCAAAACGGAACAAAAAUAGUACUACAUUUAAAACGUGAUUGUGAGCAGUUUUCCAAUGAAGAUACUAUUAAAGAUGUGAUUAGAAAAUAUAGUAAUUUUGUUUGUAGUCCAAUUUAUUUAAAUGGAAAAAGAAUUAAUACAAUCCAGGCAUUAUGGCUCAUGGAUCCAAAAGAAGUAACUACGACGAUGCAUGAAGAAUUUUAUCGCUUUGUUUCUAAUUCAUACGACGUCCCUCGGUAUUGGCUUCAUUAUAAAACUGAUGCUCCCAUCAAUAUUCGUUGUUUGCUGUACGUUCCCGAAGGAAAACCAGGAUUAUUUGAAUUGCAACGCGACAGUGACGUCGGAGUGGCACUUUAUAGCCGAAGAAUCUUAAUUAAAAAUAAAGCAGAAAUGAUUCUUCCCAAAUGGUUGAAAUUUGUAAAAGGUGUAGUUGACAGUGAAGACAUUCCAUUAAAUCUUAGCAGGGAAUUGUUACAGGAUAGUGCUCUUAUCAGAAAAAUAAGAACGGUGAUAACAAAUCGUCUAUUGAGACAUUUGGUUGAUCAAAUGAGGAAAGAUCCCGAAGGCUACAGACAGUUCUAUUCGAAUUAUAAUAUGUUUCUCAAAGAAGGAAUUGUCUCUUCUCAGGAACAAAUAGAAAAGGAAGAAAUUGCAAAAUUGAUGCAGUUUGAAUCUUCUUUGAAACCAGCAGACGAAUUGGUUACUUUGCCAGAAUACUGUAGUAGAAUGAAGGAGGGACAACAAGAUAUUUAUUAUUUAGCCGCUCCAAGUCGCCAACUAGCCGAAAAUUCUCCUUAUUUCGAAGCAAUCAAGAAGAAAGACAUUGAAGUGUUAUUUUGUUACGAACCUUAUGAUGAACUGGUUUUAAUGCAAUUAAGACAGUUUGACAGGAAAAGUGUAACUUCAGUAGAGAAAGAAAUGAGAAGAGAGAAAGAAGAUGCUACCAUAGAUAAUCUUGGUGAAGGAGAAUUAUCGAAAAAUGAGGCUAAUGAAUUGAUUGAUUGGUUAAAAGCAACAUUAAAAAAUAAGACAGAGAAAAUAAAGAUUACUAAACGUCUUUCAAAUCAUCCCUGUCUGAUUUCUGUGGAGGACAUGGCAACAGCUAGACACUUUGUCAGAGCAUCUCUUCAAUCUCUACCUGAAGAACAGAAAUAUAAAUUAUUAGCACCAACUCUAGAAGUGAAUUUAGGGCAUCCCAUUAUGAAGAAAUUAAGUGCAUUACAUAAAAGUGAUCCUAAAUUGGCUGAAUUAUUGUCCUUACAGUUGAUGGAUAACGCAAUGGUUUCUGCAGGAUUAGUUGACGAUCCCAGGAAGGUUACUACGCAUCUCAAUGAUUUAUUAACUGCUUUGUUAGAGAAACAUUAGUCACUUUUCAACAUAUGUACAGUAUGUACUGUUAUUUUUAAAACUAAUAAAAGAAAAAAAAUCAAAUGACCUAUUGACGAAUUAUUACAGU